AUGGCCAACACCGAAUUCGGCUACGUCCGCAACUUCGAACUCGCCGACAACAUCGCCCCAUCAAACUGGAUCGUCGUCCGCAUCGACGGCCGUGGCUUCUCCAAACUCUGCAAAAAUUACCACUUCACCAAACCCAACGACCGCCGCGCCUUGGAAUUGAUGAACGCCGCUGCCGUCGAAGUCGUCAAGUCUUUCGUCGAUAUUGUCCUGGCGUAUGGACAGUCGGACGAGUAUAGUUUUGUGUUCCACGAGAAUACGACGUUGUUCGAGCGUCGGAGGGAGAAGUUGGCAACGAGUGUUAGUACCAUGUUCACGGCGGAGUAUUGCAUGCUCUGGCCGAACUUCAUGGUGCGUGAAGAGGGUGAUUCGCGGUUUGUGGAGAAGGGGAGGGUGAUUGGAUUGGAGCGACCGUGGCCGACGUUCGAUGGGAGGUGUGUAGCGUACCCCAAGAAGAGGAUCCUGCGGGAUUAUUUGAAGUGGCGACAAGCAGACUGCCACAUUAACAAUCUCUACAACACGACUUUCUGGAAUGUGGUGCAGAAUGGGCCCAUGAGCGGGACGGACGCGGAGCUGGAAUUGAAGGGAACGCUGGCGAAGGAUAAGAAUGAGAUUUUGUGGAGUCGAUUUGGGGUGAAUUAUAAUGCGGAGCCGGAGAUUUAUAAGAAGGGGAGUGUGGUGUAUCGGGAUUAUGGGGAAUGUGAGGCGACAGGGGGAAAUGGUGGAUGGGGAGGGAACAAAGAAGCGACGGAGGGAAGUAGGAGUCAGAUGGAGAGGGAGAAGAAGAGGAAGCAGAAGGCAAGGAUUGUUGUGGAGCAUGUUGAUAUUAUACAGGAUACGUUUUGGGAGAAGAGGCCUUGGAUUCUGGCAACGAAGAAGGGGGAAGAGGAGUGA